CCAAAUGCAAAAGGGCAAUUAAAAGCAAUUAUUUGUAGGAAGAUGACCCGACCGAGCAGCCGGCUUUAGGCCCCCGCCACAUAUGACGUAAUGCCUUAUUGUUUUUGUUAAUAUUACGGGAUGGACAAUGAAUGAAAUUCGAAUUCCCUCGGGCCAAGUAAAUAUUGAAUUUCCAGCCGAGAUAGACGAUGAGUGUAUGUGGAGACAUGGCCGAGUUAGGCGCGCAAGAAAAUAACGACGAUUCUCCGCCAGUCGACGGUAUUUUCGCUGCAGAAUGUAUCUUAAAAAAGCGAACGCGUAAAGUAAGAAUAUUCAGUUGUCGAUAAUGUUAUCGAUUCGGCGAUGUUUCGCUCGCUAAGUGCUCCCUAAAUGUGAAUUUCUCUCUGUAUUUUGACAGGGAAAGAUCGAGUAUUUAGUGAAGUGGAAAGGCUGGUCACCAAAGUAAGUUAAGUUGGGCUUCGGAGCGAAAAAUGUUUUUCCGCUCAAGAUUUAAUACAAUUUUUUCUUUAAUUUCACAGACACAACACCUGGGAACCUGCCGAUAAUAUUCUUGACGGUCGACUGCUUCUGGCCUACGAAGGCAGGUAAAUUGGAGUGUUGAAAUUCGUAUGUCGUAAUUCUGAGUUUUCCAUCUGAAUAUACUUUAAAAAUUACGCAUAUGAUUGUCGCGUUUACUUGUUAUCUGUAUCAACUUGAUUUUCAGCCGGAGACGAAGAGGAAAGCGUUCGAGAUGGCAAAGAGGAAUUGCAACUUCUGCGAAAAAGCCGAGGAUUGAAACGGUUUGUGCUCAGUAUGUUUUAGUGCAGAUAUAUAUAUAUAUUGCAAAUUAAAUAACUCAGACCUCAGUUGCCACCACACAAGAUCACGACAAGCGCCCAACUAAAAAUACUGCAAAAUUAUAAAUUAAUGUCACGGCCUAGUUUAGGUAAAUUUUCCUUGUCUUCACCAUUGUUUAGUUUCAUUUAUUUUGCGCAAUAUUCAUUUAUAAUUUCAGACCCCGAAUUUUGAAACAACCGAACCUAAUGCAUUGGACGAGUGGGAUGGAGUUGACGAUGAAGACUGCCGUAUUAGCCAUGAAAGCGAAAGCAGUGAUUCCAGUUUUGGAGGCGAAGAUAGGAUUAGAAACGAAGAGGAGUUAAAUAGAAAAGUUCAGCGUGAAGAUUUUGGCGGUCCAGAGUUCAGUUUUGCAAACCUAGAUGUCCCUGUAUUACAAGAGGAUACAGGAAAACCUCUGGCAAACCACAAAAUGACAGCUCUCAAGACCGCUGAUGCGGGAACUGCCAUCAAAAAACAGUCGAAGAUUUCGAGCUUCAAUCUCCCAAAGUUCCUGCAUUCGAGUGACAAAAGAGAGGAUUUCUGCAGUAGAAAAAGCGUCCCUCAGGAGACGAAAUUAAAGGUCAAUUGGGAAGGAUUAAGCAGUCAUGAAAAUGUCUCUCCCGCGAGGACUGCAGCCAUAUCCGGAAAAACUUUUCGUCUCCGCGAAACCGUCAAAGAGGCCGAUCAAGUUUAUCUCGAGUCAGCAGAACACGAAAUUAAAAGAUAUGUUUCUCACGCAUAUCAGGGAGGCUAUAACGGUACGGAAACUAACAUAAACCAAGGGUUUAGGCAACAAACAUUGAUGAACAACGGCCACAAACCCAUCAAAGAUUGCCCUGUCAGUGACACUAGCAAGAUCGCACACGAAAGCGAUUUCAAGUCAAACAGAAGCUGUUUUCGCAACGGUGGUGGUGAAAAUCAGGCUAUUACGGCCGUCAAUGGCUUCGAUACAGCCUACAAAAGCAUUCCACAGCAAAACAAGGGUCGCAAAAACGGAGAGACGCUCGUUUCUGAGAUGACGGUGACAUCGACUUGUGGUUCGGACGACCGUCAUAUGCCUCACGAUAGCAGCAAGUCCUGGCGAAAACCGCUGAUUGAUCAAAUCUUCAUCACUGAUGUAACAUCGAACUUUGUCACAGUAACUGUCAAAGAAUGCCUCACUGAUAAAGGUUUCUUUCGCCAAAGAUGAAACGCUAAAAAGCUCAGAACUCGGUCUAAAAACUUUUGUUCCGCAGCUCGAGUUAGCAGCAAAUGACUUAGGCUGUUAACGAUAGAACCUCCGAAAGAUAAGCGUUUCUAAAGUGCCGUCUUUUCGAAGGCAAAUCUCACAAAUCUAUUAGCUGGAAGAGGGCAAAAAUUAAUAGCUAACAAGUCCUUACUUUAUAAUAUCACCGUCGUUGUGUGAAAGCUGUAGCAUUGAUUGCUCCCGCGACCACCAAUGUCGUAGUUCGGCUGUUUGUAAUGGUUGCGUUGGCGUUUGGUAAUCUUAGUUUGGAGUUACUGUUGGAUCCUGUUUAAGAUCAGGAUCUUUGGUUCACACAAGUCUCUUUAACUCCACAAUACCUUAAGCUACUGUAAAGUAUUAGCGUUCUUUUUUUUACGAAGGUUGUGCGCGAGUGGCGAGAAUUAAGUUGCAGAUUUAUGGCGCUAUAAAAGUGUGCCCCGCUGUUGAUAGAGAAAGACGAUCAGUAGCGGAGUCGAACUGUGACUGACUGACAGAGUGUUCUCAAUCAGUUUAAUAUAUUUUCUUAUAGAUAACUACUCGUAAGGUCCGUUAAACCGCUACGAAUUAAGCUGGAGAUUUCCUUGCGAUGUUAUAUAAGCCGGCGUGUAUAACUGCGCUUUGGACAAGAGUGUCUGCUCAGUCGUUUGUAAGUUUACUGAGCCGGUAUUUAUGUUCACAUAAAAAACGGCAUUGAUUGAAAACUUUGCGAAAGCCAAACGAUAUUGGCAAAUUUUCAGCUAAAAGUAGAGGAUAUUUUAAAAACAAUACUCUUGGCGAAACUGAAAAGAUGUAAAUUAAGGUCUGUUAGUAAUUCCUAGAAUGUAAGUAAUCCUUGAUUUUUAUUUAGUGAUAGCCAUCUACCAUUUAUUCGUUACGUUUUUUUGUUUCCCGAGAGUAAAAUAUUUCAUUCGGCGAGUAAAUAAAAAUAAACUGCCUACUUAUGUAGGUUUCAUUUAUUUGUAGGCCUAAAGCGGCCAUUGAGUUGAAAUUAUGUACAGAGAAAAAGAAGAAUAACAUUUUAAAGGUGAAAAUAAAUUUAUAGUUUACAUGUACUUAUGGACACCUUUUUUAAAUUACGUG